UUUAUUGUAAACGAGCCCCUUUCAGAGGCCUACCCAACGACAUUAAGAUCAGAAAGCUUCCAGAACAUCUGGCUGACAUACACCUUAAGAUUUAUAUCGUAUACCAGCUGCAAGGUACACGCUAUAGGACCAGGCAAGUGGAAGAAAUGAUAUGACAUCGCCCCUGCUAUUUUAGUCCUUCUGGACGGCUUGGUUUGUGCGUUUCUGCGGUGUGCUCUAAGUGGCCUGAUCCCUGUUAUCAGAGAAUGAGUGUUGGAGGGCCGCACAGAAAACGUUUUACACCAGGUCGGCCUCUAGUGGUUCAGUACUUCAAAUACAAUGCACACUCCCUCUUCCCUGUGAUACACUCAUCCACCAAUUUUUAAACAAGUUUCUGUUUUUUUGAAAUCUGAUCUUCACACUUACACACGGAGUCGUGCUUCCUGUGCCCGCUGCGACUCAUGGCUGUUGGGCAAGGUCGUGUUUGCUUGCCAAGGCUGUAAGCCGACACCGUGAGGUGGGGCUGCUCCUCGGCAAGAGCAAAGGAAACGCGGAAGUCAGGAGCGGCCGAGCGAGCAGCGCCAUGGCAGACUACAGUAGCCGGUUGGACAAGGAUAAAGAGUUUCUAACAAGUCAGGGUACGCUGAGCGAGAAACUGCUGGACAGAAUUGUUCUUCACCUGUUCAGAAUCUAUCCACAAGUUCUGAAUAAUACAGAGGCUGAAAUGUUCAGGAGUCUAAAUACUCCGGCGUGCAUUCGAAUAUCCAAACUCCUCGUUCAUCUGCAGAGCAAGAAUAACAAAGCCUGUAAGGAAUUUUACAACGCAUUGGAGAUAAAUGAUCCUCAGAUUUACGAAAAGCUUCCAAGCAAAUAUCUAGGCAAAAUGACGGAUUCAAUGGGAUUGAACAUUGAUAUCUACCACAGAGAGAAGUACAUACUUAAUAACAGGGGUCCUGCUUUUUUUCUGGCUUGCUUUAGUGUUGCAGCUGGGUUGGCUUUCCUGCUUUAUCACUGCAAGGAAGAUUCCAAAUUUGAAAGUACUGCAAAGAAAAUUGUUGGAUUUUCUUACCUCGGUUUUGGAAAAAGAGCAAGAAGAUACUUGUUAGCAUAUUUGGAAGACCAAUCAAAGAGGAACUGAUGAUAGUGCUUCAGCGAAAAGCAUAUUGAUGUUAUCUGAAAAUGUAUGGGAAUACGUGCACUCCCAUUUCCUAGGGCAGUUCUUCUGCUGCUACCAAAGAGAUAAGAUUUUCUAUUUGUACAUGAAUUAUAUGCACUUGCCAUUUUCCUGCUGCAGGUCAGCACUUUUGGGCCAUGAACCUCAAAUAAGGCAAUGAUAUAGUAAAUAAAUAUUAAGAAAUGCAUGUGUUGUUUGCCUCCUGUGCCCUCACAGUACUGGCUGAUAUGCAUAACAGAUAUUCCGCUAUCCAGUCUUUUUUAAUGACUAUUCCUUAAGACUUAAGUCAGUCAUUUUGGAUAGCUUACUGAACUCCAACAGGUAAAACUUUCAAGUGUUCAGGCUUUGCAAUGGAUAUUACUCUCUGAAAUUUUUGAUAUUUUCCGAAAUAAGUUAAAACUUCCAAUGACAUUUGGUACUGUAGGUUCAGUUACAAGGCAACUAGAUGACCAGGAGUGUACUUUCUGUUUAAGUAGAUAUGAAUGAAGGGAUGGCAGUAGAAGUUAACUCAAAUCUGUUCAAACAAUGAACUGUCAUCAUCUUCUAUAAAUAGAGAUUUUUGCAAAAAGUUGGCCGUCCUCAGAAAAUCUUCUUUCUUUGAGCAAGAAGGCAGCUUCUUAGGCUCCAAGAUUUCUUGGAUGCAACAUAAAAUAUUCAAUCUACAGAAGUUGCAGUUACAUUAUAAUUGUGUGAAAGCAAACUAAAGCAAUCCAUUGGAGAUGUCCUUGCUUACAUCAGUAUUGUCUUCUCCCCCCGCCCCCAAUAUUUAGCGAUCAACAUUUAGCUGUAGUUCUAAAAAUUGGUUUUGAUUUAUCCAACUGUGCUAUCUGACCUGAGAAUGGUUUAAGAUGGCACUGGUGACAACUCACUGGCAGCAAACAAAACUAUCAUCUGUUUUAUUAAUCACAUUUUUUCUGGAAAACAACCACUGCAAUCAGUAGCCUGUCACUUCCCUUUUGGAGCUGAGCUUUUGAACCGCCUCUACCACCUGGCGUUUUUGUAGUGUGAACUGAAGUCUGGAAGGUGCAGGGCAGUUGUGGCGUGGGUGUGUCUGGGCCGAAUCGAGGCAGUGCGGCCUGGUCCCGAGAGCAAGGAACGUGCAUGUGUACGGCCAUCGCUGGAGCGGAUGUGGAGCUGAUUUGAAGCGGCAGGGUCGAGGCAGUGGGGCCCAGGCCUGAAAGCGAGUAACAAGCUGAUGUUUGACUGAUUUAAGUGCCAGUCCAGAUUGGAAAGGUUGGGUAAAGGCAGAAUCAAGGCAGCGGGGUCCAGGCACGAGAGUAAAUCAAAGUGGCAGGACCCAGGUCUGAGAGAGAGGAAUGACUUGAGGUCUGGCCGAUUUAAGCGCUGGGCCAGAUUGAAAAGAGCAGGGUUUUGGGGUCAGAGGUGACGGACAGGCAGGUGUUCAGCUCUCUGUUCGCCAAGGUUUACUCAUUUCUGUGCCGAACUGAGGCUGUGGCCUACAACUAACGGACUCCUGGUUUGGCUGUGACUAGCCUCCUGGCUGUGAACUCACUUACAUGAACUUUAGUUCUGAAUGCUAUUUGCUUAUUUUUUUACUGUUCGAAUGUUUUUUCUUUAGCAUCAAGGGUGUUUGAUGGCUUUAAUUUUUGAAUGGGUUCUAUUGGGUUUCUUUGUUUUGUGGCUGCCUGUAAGGAGAUGAACCUCAAUGUCUUCGAACUCAUUGGCCCAGAUAGAGCUGAAGCUAACCUGCAAGGCCCUGCUUUGUGAUGGAACCUGAGAUGAUGUAUCUGGUCACGUGGAUGAGUCAGAACAAACUCCAGCCAUGAAUUUCCGCUGGAUGUUUGUAGUGGAGAGUAAAGUUCAUAGUUCAAAGAAAGUAUAACAGAAAGAGCAAAUAAGAACAGUUUAACACUUUUGAGUAAUUAAACACUAUUUAAACUCCAAACAAAAUAAUUUAAUAGAAAAUAUAACUUGUUUUAUUCUUGACUUUCUUCUCAGCAGUUUCAUGAUCUCUAUUCAAAUUAAUGUGCUGAGAACAGAACCCACAAUGUGGGCGCAAAGGAAUCUCUUAUAUCCUUAGCUGAAGUUGUUGCUGAAGCCCGGCCACUAAAAUCAGGACUUGCUAGUCCAUGAUCCAGUCCUGCCACACACACUGGCAACUCUGCUUGUCAAUAUAGAUAUUAUAACCUAAGGGUUCUAUCAGGAAUAUCUGGGCUCUUGCUGGAAAGGGGACUGUGAAUCCAUUUGCGAGAGGUGUUAAAUGAAUUUUUGGAGACUGGGAAAGCCUGCAAGGCCCCUGCAGCAUGAUGGCAAUCUGCCCAUGAAGUACUUACCUCCUUGACCUUGUGCUUGGUGCUGACACAUGGACUCAAAUAAGCCGCUUUAAAGGGCAUUUUGAUAUGUUCUUCUACUCAUUUAUCAGUUCUGAAGUUUCAAUCUCUGAUUAAAUUUUGGUUGCUGAUGUUCUUGAUUUUAUAACGAAAUUAUACCACAAUAGAUCCUUUGGUAUGGAGGUUCUGACCGUUGGCGAUCUCUGUUGCACCAUUUCCACGGGUAAACACUUGGAUCUAUUGUCAUCCCGCGUGAGAAAUUGAAUCACUUCACUGCUUAUCAGGAGCUUGAACCCUGGCCAGUAAUUGUAAAUAAGCACAGGAUUGAAGGCUUCCCAUUAAAACUAAUCUGCAAAUUACACUGCAUUUUCUGAUGAGAAGGUAUUAAUCUUUUUUAUGUCACCGGGAAACUGUUUCCCUCUAUCAGUUCCUAGUCAAACAGAAGAUAUUUAACUGGAGUUAGGAAGUUGAAACUUAUAUUUAUAUAAUCGCCCAAUAUACUCUUUAAAUCUCAAUUUUGUAUUUAAGAUUAUAGCUGAUAAUGGUUAUGUUCCUAUAACUGUGUGACUUUUAUUUAGCAAUGUUGAUGUUUUGCAUCUAUAAACAUACCAAAUGGAAAGCAUUCUCAAUUCAGAAUCAUAACUUGUAAUCAGAUGAUGCACAUUCAUUAGAUUUUUUUAUUGCUAUUUCAUUGAUUUCUGUUAAAUGGUAGAACUUGUAAAAUUUGUUUGGAUUACUUAAAGAUGCAAAUUGUCUUGCAUCCUUCAUACAAAUAGAAUUGUUCUGUGGUCUCACUUUGAGCUGUGAAGUGCUGGAAGCUUUGGUCUUUCUGGCUUCAGGGAAUUUAUGGAAUAACACUGUUGUUCUUUUUGAAAUAAUGAGGUCAAGAGAAAAUGUCAAGUACAUUUGACAUUUCUUAUGGAACACAAAGCUGUUGCCUAUAAAUCAGGAAAUAGAAAAUAUAAGGCAUCAAGGUUGAGUGUUUUUGAACUUUUGUCCCAGUGUAAAAUUCCUUUUUAUUUAUAUACACACAUACACUUUUAAUAUUAAAUUUGAUUGCUUCUCGUUACUCUUUGGUGAUGCUAUGCAAAAAGAUUUGCUUGGUAAUAGAUGAGAUUAACUCAGAGCUACAUCUGUACUAAUAUGGAGAGAGAGGAGAGUGUCUGUGUUCAUCGUAUAGGUGUUAAGAUUGCUGAAAGAGAAAGUGAACAAAGAGCACCAAUUUUCAGGGAAUUGCUAUUUAAAAAAUAGAGUAUAAUAUUCGAGGCAUUGUGAUGCAAAAGAUGAAUGCAGAAAUCAAGCUAGUCAGAAAGAGAAACAGAGAAGUAUGCAGGUAAGUAGGACAGGUUUGUUACCUUGCUGUAGUAACAUUUCCAGCAGUAUUAAUCAACGCCCAUACAAGCCACCAGUCAUAAGCCCAUCGCUGUGAUGUAUUUGGCAGUAGCAUUGUUGUUCCAGGUUUCCUUAAAGGAGCAUGAGUGGAGUCCAGGCAUCAGCAGUGUUUUAUAAUAAUAGAAGCAAAUCUCCGGAAUUCUUUGGCGUUAUCCCUUUCGUUUUUGAAAGCAAGUUACCGAGAUGUUCUUUUGAUAUUGAUACCUCAGACCUCGAGAUAGUAAUUGAAAUGUUGUCGUUAUCCCAGUGUCUUGCAGACCAAUAGUUAUUUUUUCUCCAUGAACUUGUUCGUAUCAAUUGGAACAUAAAAAGGGGAAAAGACAUGAAUGUUUGAAUCCAAAGAGUUAACCAGGUUAUGCAAGAAAACGAGGUGAAUGCAAAACCAGGUGUGCAUCUACCAGGGCACAAUGUCAAUGUCAGUCCUGGGUUUGUUUAUUUUUUUUCACAGUUUACCAUGACUAAAACCCAAGCUUCAUCAUGAGCAUUUGUAAUUAGCAAUAAAUAAACAUUUG